UAUAAAUAGCUUUACUAGCUUAGCUAAGCUAGUAAGGCUAACAUUAGCUAGCCAGUUAGCCUCAACGGUUGUGGAGAUUUUGGUCACAGCUGAUUCAACCACCUCUGCUGUCAUCAUGAUUUCAAGUGUUAUAUUUGGGGAUGAACUGAGGAUGAAUGUAAACCAGCACACUCCAAUGGCCUCUCCAUAUGGCCAGCCCCAGCCUGGCUACGGCCAGCCCGGCUACACUCCCCUGGAUGGGGGAUACCCCGCACCCUACGCACCCUAUAACGGCCCCGCUUCAGCCUACCAGCCCGGGGCUCCACAGCAAGGUUAUUCUCCUUUCACAAGCUUUCCCUCUAAGGCUGUGGCUGCCAACCCAGUCUCUGACCUCUCCUCUUCUCUUGACUUAGGUCCUGCCAGGGGUCCUCCCACCUCUGGAGCCCCUCCAGCGCCUCAACCAUAUAAUCAGUACAGUCACAGUCAAGGGGACAUGCAGAAUGGACCCCCACCUAUGACACAGGCACCACCCAGGCCUGCUGCGUCUCAGCCAUACAACCAGGGAGCUGUGAACAUGACAGGGCCACAACAACCCUCCUACCCCCAUCACUACGGGCCUCCCCAACCUUCAAUGCAGCAGGUCACUAAUCAGAUGACUGGGAUGCAGAUCACCUCUGGACCGCCAACCCCUGCGGGGCCAGGAUAUGCUCCACCUCACAGCUCCCAGCCUCCCGUCAGUACCGCCUACUCAGCCGCACCUCCACCCUCUUACACCCAAGUCCCUCCCCCCGCGUCUUCUGCCCCGACCCAACCUCCACCUCCCAGUGGCCCUGCAGCUCCUCAGCAAUACUACGGAGGCCCACCACCUCCUUCUCAACCGCCAUUCAACUCUUCUCUUCCCCCUACCUCUCAACAGCAGUUCACCUCUCCUGCGCCGCCACCUCCUUCCUCUCAGCAAACCUUCCCUCCCUCCUCCUACUCGGGCCCUGUGCCUCCACCCAGCCAAGCUCCUGCUCCCCCAGCAUCCCAGGCACAGCAGUCCUUCCCUCCAACCCAGCCCCCCUUUUCCUCAGCACCUCCAUCUGUCAGCCAGCCUUCCUUCGUCUCCAGCCCGCCCCCCCUUGCCCAGGGCUCCUUCCCACCCAGAGCACCCCAUCCCUCCUCUCAACCUGGGUCUUUUCCUCCUCCUGGUCCUGCUCCAAUCUCAAUGCCCUCUGGCCCGUACCCAGGCCCCAUGCCACCCCAACAUCAGCCCCCUCCAUCCCAGCCAUCCCCCUACCACUCAGGCCCCCCUCCUCCCAGAGCUCAGAUGCCUCCCACUUCCAUGGCCCAGAGCAACCACUUGCCUCCAGGACCACAGGGCCACCCAGGCCCUCCUGGGGCCAUGCAGCCACUUCCAUCUCAGCCUGGCAUGCAGGGAGGAUACCCUCCUCAGCAGAAUGGUGCGUUUGGGCAGGUGAGAGGCCCUCAGCCUGGCUAUGCAGGCCCGUAUCCCGGGCAACCAAACUACGGAGCCCCUGCACCAGCACCGGCUCCUGCUCCCCCUGCACAGAAAAGACUUGACCCAGAUGCCAUUCCCAGCCCGCAAGCGUCUGACAUGCCGGCUGUGCAGAAAUCAAGACAUAGAAUAGAUCCAGACGCUAUCCCCAGCCCAAUCCAGGUAAUAGAGGAUGACAGGGCUAAGAGCACCGAGCCAUUCACCACAGGGGUCAGAGGUCAGGCUCCACCGCUGGUCACCACCAACUUCCAGGUCAAAGACCAAGGGAAUGCCAGUCCCAGGUUUGUUCGCUGUACGGCCUACAAUAUGCCUUGCACAGCCGAUAUGGCCAAGCAGUCUCAGGUGCCUCUGGCCGCCGUCAUCAAGCCCCUCGCCACGCUGCCGCCAGAUGAGACGCCUCCAUACCUGGUGGAUCACGGCGAGGCCGGUCCAAUCCGCUGCAACCGUUGCAAGGCCUACAUGUGUCCAUACAUGCAGUUCAUAGAGGGAGGUCGCCGCUUCCAGUGCGGCUUUUGCAGCUGCGUCACAGAGGUUCCUCCACAUUACUUCCAGCAUCUGGACCACACUGGUAAGAGGGUGGACUGCUAUGACAGGCCGGAGCUUUCGCUGGGCAGCUACGAGUUCCUGGCCACUGUCGACUACUGUAAGAACAACAAGAUUCCUCAGCCUCCAGCCUUCAUCUUCCUUAUCGAUGUGUCCUACAACGCUGUGAAGAGCGGCAUGGUCAACAUUGUCUGCCAGGAGCUCAAGACCCUCCUAGACUACCUGCCCAGGGAGAACCCAGAAAUGGACUCUGUUGUGCGGGUGGGUUUCGUCACCUACAACAAGGUUUUGCACUUCUACAACGUCAAGGCGAGCCUGGCCCAGCCCCAGAUGUUGGUGGUGUCAGAUGUGUCAGACAUGUUUGUGCCCCUGCUCGACGGCUUCUUGGUCAACGUAAAUGAGAGCCGGCUAGUCAUCGAGAGUUUGCUGGACCAGAUCCCAGAGAUGUUCGCAGACACCAGGGAGACGGAGACGGUCUUUGGACCCGUCAUCCAGGCAGGACUGGAGGCACUCAAGGCUGCAGACUGCUCAGGGAAGCUGUUUGUGUUUCACACCUCUCUGCCCAUCGCAGAGGCUCCUGGAAAGCUAAAGAACCGAGAAGACAAGAAGCUGAUUGGGACAGAUAAGGAGAAGUCUCUCUUUCAGCCUCAGGUGGGUUUCUACAACACCCUGGCUAAGGAGUGUGUAGCGCAGGGCUGUUGUGUGGAUCUCUUCCUCUUCCCCAACCAGUAUGUGGACGUUGCCACGUUAGGGGUGGUUCCUGUCUCCACUGGAGGCUCUGUCUACAAAUACACCUACUUCCAGGCUCAGUCGGACAGCGAGCGAUUCUUGAACGACCUCAGACGAGACGUUCAGAAACUAGUCGGCUUUGAUGCCGUCAUGAGAGUGCGAACCAGCACAGGUAUCAGGGCGACAGACUUCUUCGGCUCCUUCUUCAUGAGUAACACCACGGAUGUGGAGCUGGCAGGCCUGGACUGUGACAAGGCCAUCACUGUGGAGUUCAAACACGACGACAAGCUCAGCGAGGAGACGGGGGCGCUCAUGCAGUGCGCCGUGCUGUACACUAGCUGCAGCGGCCAAAGGCGCCUCCGCGUCCACAACAUGGCGGUCAACUGCUGCUCUCAGCUGGCUGACCUCUACCGCAACUGUGAGACCGACACAAUCAUCAACUUCUUCUCCAAAUACGCUUUCCGAGGCCUCCUGAACAGCCCCACGAAGGCGGUGAGAGACACGCUGGUCAACCAGUGUGCUCAGAUUCUGGCCUGCUACCGAAAGAACUGUGCAAGCCCCUCAUCAGCUGGUCAGCUGAUCCUCCCGGAGUGUAUGAAGCUGCUACCGGUCUAUCUGAACUGUGUGCUGAAGAGCGACGUGCUGCUGCCGGGAGCCGACGUCUCGCUGGACGACCGGGCUUACCUGAGGCAGCUGAUCAGCUGCUCGGACGUCACAGAGAGCCACGUCUUCUUCUACCCCCGCCUGCUGCCACUGUCGAAGUUGGAAGGCGGGUCGUUGCCGGUGGCGGUGAGGGACUCGGAGGAGAGGCUGUCUAAAGGCGGAGUUUACCUCCUGGAGACGGGACUCCACCUCUUCCUGUGGGUGGGAGCCAGCGCUCAGCAGGAGCUGCUGCUCAACAUCUUCGGCACGCCGAGCUUCAGCCAGAUAGAGCCGAGCUUGACAACUCUGCCAGAGCUGGACAACCCCUUCUCUCAGAGACUCCGAGAGAUCAUCGAAUCCUUCAGAGCACAGCGAUCACGAUACAUGAAGCUGAUGGUGGUGAAACAGGAAGACAGAGCCGAGCUGAUAUUCAGGCACUUCCUGGUCGAGGACAAGAGCGUCAGCGGGGGAGCGUCAUACGUGGACUUCUUGUGUCACAUGCACAAGGAGAUCCGCCAGCUUCUCAGCUAGGCCUACAGAUACCCACCUUCACCUGUAUGAGCCCCCACCCCCCCCAACCAGGUUUACCCUUCCUUGUGAAAGAAAGCGCUUUAUCCUUUUUUUUUGUUUUUUAAACCUAAUAAACUAAAGCUCUCCUUGCUGUCUGUCAGCUGAGAGACCAGCUGGCGGAUCUCGUUGUGUGUGUGUGUAUGUGUUGGUGCGAGUGUGUGUGAGAAAGAGAUGUUAAUAGAGCUUUACUCUGCCUCAAAUCGACUGCUCCAACACAGCAGGAACAGAAUAACUGACGAGGGAGGGUAAUGUAUAUACACAAGUGACUAUUAUGUAUGCAAGAGAGUGAGUGAGUGACGGAGGUGGCUGAUGUUGACUGUAGUCGGUGUACUGUCUGUAUUACUAGCACUGAAAGGCUGUUUUGGGUGCAUUAAUGACCCUCAGAUAGCAAACACUUUUUAUAUGAUUGAAUCCUAAUAGAGUGAAGGACAUCUACAUACCAAGACAUACGUGGAAUUAAAUAAAUGCUGUUCUUUCUGUC